AUGGGCGGCCGCGGCUUCCGCGCGGACGACCGCCCGCCGGUGCGGUUUAUCGACGACGAGGAGCUGGCCUACGUGGUGGGGCGGGCGCGGGAGGUGCACGACUUCUGGCACGUCCUCACGGGCUGCCACACAAACGUGUUUGGGGAGAUCGCGCUCAAGGCGCUGGAAUUUGUGCAGACGGGGCUGCCCAUGGCGGGCCUGGCGGUGGCGGGGGCGCAGUUCAGGCUCGGGCAGGAGGACAGGCGCCUGCUCUGGCAGGUGUAUCUGCCGUGGGCGGCGCGGACGGGGCUGCGGUGCGCGGACCUGGUGAGCAUCUACUACGAGAAGCAUUUUGAGGAGGACCUGGAUGAGCUGAGGCGCAGGUGGCGCAUCACGCCCGCGCCGCCGCCGCCGAUACACCUGGCGCCGUCAGCGGCGCGCGGCUGA